UUAUUUUUGCCGCGACUUUCGAAAUUGUUCCUGCAGAUGUCGUUUGUUGAGUCUGGAUUUAGUAAACAGCUUAAAUUAAGAUGGGAAAUAAUUCAAGUGAUUGACUGGCGACAAGCUGCAUAAUUUUAGCCCGGAAGCUGCUCAAGGUGCAAUAAAUUAUUUCUUUGUAACAGCAUAUUUGGCUUAAAAAAGGAAACAGUUGGAGAACAUUUGAAGAACCAAGAUAAAGAAUCUCUACAUGACUGAAGAAUCCGUCAAAGUACCCACCGCCGUAACAGAAUCAACUAAACAACCAAAUCAGUUAACAACCGAAGAAGAAGAAGAUCGACUACAAUGUGAAGCUAAUGAAGAUAGUACAGGCAGUGAAGAUCUAAGGCUGUUUUUAAAGGAAUUACACGAAAAGGUGAAGGAAGAUCAGCAGCAACAACAGCAACAGCAGCAGCAACAACAACAGCAAUUCCAACAGUCACAGCCUUAUAAUCCAGUUAUUCCUUCAUCUGGACAACUGCCACCAGCUUAUCCAACUGGUGCCGGUGAAUUUCCUAUUGAUGUAGCAUCUGCAUCUCAUUAUUCAUCAUCACAGUGUAAUAAUUUAAAGGAAGCUGAAGCUGGAUUAAUAGCCUAUCGUGGUCAUCCUCCUCAUCUGAUUCAACCAGGAAAUCAUGUUGUCCAAUAUCAAACUGGUCCGGUUAUUGAUCAAGCCUAUCAUACAUCUGUUGCUGAAAUCAAUGCACAAGAUGUUGUACCCGAUGGUGGUUGGGGUUGGAUUGUUGUCCUUGGAUCAUUCUGUUGUAUGGUAUUAGUGGAUGGUGUGUGUUUCACGUAUGGAUUACUGUUGAAUCCUGUCUGUCCAUAUUCUAGUCUACGUGCAAUAUCACGUGAUUGGAAGUCGAAUGAAACUGGUCCAAUCAGAUAUCCACGUAGUGAUCGUGUUCAUCAUCCAACUGUCGGGAGUUGUAUACCAAUAUCUGAGCUGGGUGAAGAUUUAAAUGUACAAGAAAGAUCUAUUCUAUUGACACCUGGUGCUUUAAUUGUUGGAUUAUAUUUAUUUCUUGGUGAGUUUAUAGUAUUAUCCUCGUAUUGUUAUUAUUAUACACCUUUUCGUUUGACUUUACGUUGGUAA